CAAUUCCCAUGGAAGAGAUUUUCCAAGCACAAACCUCCAUCUCAUCCUCGCAGCCACUUUCUUUCAUCUUCUCCUCAAAGUUCCUCCCUUUGGGGGCCUUGAAGGAAGUUGAGGGAUUAUGGGUGUUGGGUCUUGUUUUCUGAUCCAAAGGGUCAUCUAAUUUUGUCUUCCCCUUCCGAUUCUUCAUCGCUUUCAGGCAAAAGAUUGCUGGUUCCAAUGGGGUGGCUAACGAAAAUCCUUCGGGGCUCUAGCCAUAAAUUUUCGGACAGGCACUAUAAUGGAAGAUAUGGAGAAGAUAGAAGUUGGGACCGGCCCCGUUAUUCCUCUGAUGGAUCUGAUUUUGACAAAGACGAAAUUCAAUGUGCUAUUGCACUCUCUCUUUCCGAACAAGAUCAAGUAGCACCACGACAUGACAAAGGGAAGAAAGUAAUUGAGUACAAAUCUGAAUCUGAACAAGAAGAAGAUGAAGAUGAGGAGGAAGAUGAAGAAUAUAUGAGAGCUCAGCUAGAAGCAGCAGAAGAAGAGGAAAGGCGGAUUGCUCAAGCUCAGAUUAAGGAAGAAGAAAACCGCCGUGCUGAAGCACAAUUAGCAGAAGUAGAGAAACAGCUUGCCAAAGCUCGAUUAGAGGAGGAAGAAAGACGACGUGCCAAAGCUCAACUGGAGGAAGAUGAACAACUUGCCAAGGCUAUUCAAGAAAGUCUGACUGUGGAAUCUCCUCCUCGGUAUGAUUCCGGGAGUAUAUUUCAACAGCUUCCGUUCUUCUUUCCAUCUAGUUACAGGAUAUGUGCUGGUUGUCAUGCUGAGAUCGGGCAUGGAAGGUUCCUCAGUUGCAUGGGUGCUGUCUGGCAUCCUGAAUGUUUCCGAUGCCAUGCUUGUAAUAAACCCAUCACAGAUUACGAGUUCUCAAUGUCGAGUAAUCGACCUUAUCACAAAUCAUGUUACAAAGAGCAGCAUCACCCACGAUGUGAUGUUUGCACGAAUUUUAUUCCCACAAAUCCAGCUGGUCUUAUCGAGUACAGGGCGCAUCCCUUUUGGAUGCAAAAGUACUGCCCUUCACACGAGCGUGAUGGAACUCCUCGGUGCUGCAGUUGUGAAAGAAUGGAGCCUAAGGAUACAAGAUAUCUUAUACUCGAUGAUGGCCGAAAACUAUGUCUUGAAUGUCUCGACUCAGCAAUCAUGGACACCCAUGAAUGCCAGCCAUUGUACCUCGAGAUACGAGAAUUUUAUGAAGGCUUAAACAUGAAAGUGGAACAACAAAUUCCGAUGCUUCUGGUAGAGAGAUCAGCCCUGAACGAGGCUAUGGAAGGAGAACAGAGCGGACAUCAUCAUUUACCCGAGACUAGAGGACUUUGUUUGUCGGAAGAACAAACUGUCACAACGGUUUUGAGGAGACCGAGGAUCGGGGCAGGCUACCGGUUGAUAGAUAUGAUCACAGAACCGUGCAGGCUGAUACGUCGGUGUGAGGUCACUGCAAUUCUCAUUUUAUACGGACUUCCUCGGUUGUUAACUGGAUCAAUUCUUGCUCACGAGAUGAUGCAUGCAUGGCUUAGACUAAACGGUUAUCCGAAUCUUAGACCAGAAGUCGAAGAGGGCAUAUGCCAGGUUUUAGCACACAUGUGGUUGGAAUCCGAGACAUAUGCUGGUUCUGCAAGUGAUGUUGCAUCCUCUUCUUCGUCAUCAUCUUCUUCCUCAUCGUCCAAGAAAGGUGAGAGAUCCGACUUUGAGAAGAGACUCGGCGAGUUUUUCAAGCACCAGAUUGAGUCAGAUUCUUCGUCGGCAUAUGGGGAAGGGUUCAGGCAAGGUAACCAAGCAGUUCUUAAGUACGGACUGAGGAGUACCCUCGAGCAUAUACGAAUCACGGGUUCAUUUCCUUGAUAAAGAUUCGAUUAUAAGAGAAUUUUCUUCGGGUUUUUUGGCAUAUUAGAGGCAUACCAUGAGAAACCUGUAUAGGCUAAUACACAGCAAGACCAUUAGGAGUAUAAAGUUUCGCCCUUUACGUGGAAAAUUUACUAUACUUUCCUUCCAUUGAUACAAAUAUCACAUGUAACAACUGUUUAUUUAUGAAGACGGAUUCAGUUUAA